AUGAUUGAACCUGACAGAACCAAUGAACAGUUAAAUUCAGCUCUCAUCUCGCUUCAAUCAAAUUUAACUCAACUAAAGCCUUUACUUGUUGAAUUAAAAAUGAAAUUUACUGAUCUCAAAAAUCAACCAAUUGUUUUUUCGAAAGAAUUGAUUCAACCUUGCCAAAAUGUCAUUCAAUCCAUAGUUGACAUAUUCAAACCAAUCGAAAACAUAUAUAAACAUCCAAAUCCACAAGCAAAUUUUGAUCAUUUAUAUAAUAAGUUGAUUACAGACACUACACAACUCAUUUCAUCAAAUAUUUUGAAGCUUGAUGUUCAGAUUCCUUUGGUUGCUUCAUACAUUCCUUUGUUAAUUUUUUAUUUUCAAACAAAUGUUGGAACAGACUUCGAUAAUGGCCUCGAUAACUCCAUUAACACACUGUUUUUCACAUUCCACCAGUGUCUAACUACGAAAUUACCAAAUGUUUUCAAAUUAAAUAUCGAUCAAAACAUAAUUUCAUUACAAACGUUCCUUGAAGCUAUAAAACCUGACGAACAAUUCUCUAAAGCUACAGAUCUAGUCGAAGAAUUACUGAAAUCAAUAAAAGAAACGAAAGAUUCGAAAAAUGAAAAAUCAAUCAAACAACUUAACAUUUCUAUUUCGAGUUUUAGGGCCAACAUAAUCCCAUUCUUACAACAGAUUUAUCAAAAUCAAGAAAUCAAGUUGAAAUAUCUUGGUUUUUCGAGUAAUCUCAAAUCAAUCGAACAUUCGAUACUUACAGAGUCAAGAUUAUCCAAUAUCACAAAGAUUGCAAACGAAAUCAUCAAAUAUUUGACAGAAGAUUCAAAUUCUUCAGUAAAUCCAGAUUUUACGUUCCAAAAGUUCGACCUUACAAACUUCUUUACAUCAGUAUCGAGAAUUCUCAUACAAACCGAUGAAUUUUCAUCGUUUCCUGGAGAUUUAGCUCAAAUGAUCCAAAAUCCAGGUUUAGAUUACACAGAACUGAUGACAAAGAUAUCAGAGGUUAAACUUACAACACCAUCAAGUGAAGAAAACCCAGAUCCAAGCUCAGAAUUCAAAUCAAGUUUAUCAUCAGAAGAUUCUGACAUCAGAAAGGCUUCUUUGACAUAUAUAGCCAACCAACUUCCUAUACUCUACAAAUUGGCCAAAUCCCAGCAACAGCCGUCGAUUUUGGUCAAAUUAUUGUCAUCUCUUAGGAAAAUAAGGACGAUAACAAAGUUUUGCAAGGAGAAUGAUGAUUUCAUUACAUUGUACGAAUAUUUGGUCUAUAUUUUGUUACUUCCUGACACCAAAAAAUUUUAUCCAGUUUUACAUCCGAUUCUUGCAGAGAAUUUGCCAUCAAGAGAGUCCGUAUCCAAAGUACUUAACAUUGCAGAGCUAGAAUCUCAGGCAAAUGAGUUAAUUGUCUUGAUUGCGAAUACAAAUUCAAAUCAGCUGAUGCAAUCGAAGCUUUCUGAGGAAGAUGUGAUCAAUCAGAAUGAGGCGGCUUCGAUAUCAGUGGAUUUGGCCCGUCCUAUUGAUGCUCUCCAGUCAUUAAAUAUAAAUCUUCGUCAUGCAGUUGAUUUCAUGGAAUUCUUUGGGUUACACGAGUCUUUUCUUGCCGAGUUAGGAAGUAAUCCACAGAAAGAAGUCGCUAAAAACCAUGACAAAACUGUAAUUAAUUUGACAUCUUGUCUUUUAUCACUUUUACAGAGCCAAAUCCGCGUUGACAUCACAGAGGAAUUCAUGAAAUCAUGGAUUUCGUUGGUUACAAUGGCAAUGACUGAAGAAAAAGUUGAUUUUUCGGAAAUUUUCAGAACAAUUCCAUUCAUAGACUACUCAAAUCUAUUAAUGGAGAGUACAUUAAAGUGCUGCAGCCUAGUUGCCGUUGUCCAGAACAUCGUACAGCCUGUUCUAAGGGUAGAUCAAACGAAUUUUGAUUAUCAUCAGUUGUUAUCUAAUACUUUAUCACUUCAAAUCAAGUUCUUUGACUAUAUCCUUUCAUUACAUGGCCAGCCAAGCGAUGUUUUGUCAACAAUGUCCGCAACUUUCGAAAAUUUGAAGAAAAUUGCUUACGAUUGGGUUCCAGAACUACUUAAAAUUAACCGGCCAAUUGUUUCGAUACUCGGCAUCACUAGUAUUCUCCAGAAAAUCCUUAAAAUUGCCGGUAUUUCCGAAAAUUCCGAACAAAUCUUCAACAUUUUCAAGAGUAACCUCAUUCUAGGUGUUUCAUCUUCAUUCUCCGUAAUCAAAGAUAUAAAUUUGGCCGACAAAAACCAAGAAAUUAUCGACAAAUUUGUUGAUUUUGAUUCAAAUGACCUGAAAUACCUUUUAGAUUGCAAAUCCGAGAAAGUAGAUGAACUCAUGAAAUCAUUAGUCUCCACAUUUAUGACGAUUGAUGACAUAGUUUCGCCUGUGAAACUUUAUGAUUCAAUGACUCGGUUUUUGUAUACAGUUGCUGGUUACGCCUCCUCUCCAUUCCUUCUUAGCUCCAAGAAUAUCAUCAAGAUUAUGAAGGAAAUCUCAAAAAUCGCCACGGAAAUUGAUGAUGGUUUGAGAUCUGGCAGCAGAAUCGAUAUUUUGUACUUCCAAGCUUGUAUCAAGAAGAUGGACUUUAACAAUCUUAAUCUUUCUAAUGGAGUUGAUGGAGAUCUUUCGAAUUUCAAGUUGAAUUUGUCAACAGCGAGCGAAGCAUCACUUAUUACGAUGAUAUCCAUGUUGUCAUCGACGUAUUUCAACAUAGAACUCGAUUACAAUGACUACAAAGUCCCUUACGAAGAUAUUUGUCAAAUUCCACAAUUAUUUAGCAAUUCCCUGACAUUUUUGAAGAGUUUAAGAGAGUAUUCAUCAGAUCCACGUAUCGAUAGCCUCAUAAACAAGAUCAAACAGAUAAUUCAGAAACAUACCAAAAAAGAUGACCCCGAAAUCGAAGAAUUGGAUAAGAAGACACAAGCUAUAAAUGAUGAGACCAAACAGCUGAUUGGAGAAUUAUCACAUUUGGUCAAACAAUACAACGAAUUACUUGGAGAUGGAUUUAAAGUAUCAAGUCCACCAUAUGACAGCUUCCAACAGCUGGAUAAAUUACAAGUAGAAGCCAGUUGUCUCAAUAUCGAGGGAGAAUUGCUAAAAAUCGAAGUAAAAUCCCUUGAAAAAGAAGUAGAAAGAAUGAAAAUGAUCGCAGAGAAGUAUAACGGCACUGGAGAAAGAAGUCCACAAGUAGAAGCUGUUAAAAGAAUCCUUAGAGAAGUAACAAGACCAAAAUUGACCCUUCCUGAUGAUUCCGCAGAAUUAUCUCAAAUGUUCGAAAAAGUUUCAGCCGAAAACGAGAGAUUACUAGACGAACUGACCAAAAUGCAACGCGGCGUAAUGUCCCACGAGGACCAAUUGGACAUGUUACUCAUAAAAAGUGACGAAAUCAGAAAUGUCCAGACACAUACACUGGGAAAGGAAGAAACGGAUGCAAUCAAGAGACAGAUACAGGAGACACAAACAAGUAUCCAGAACUUAAAGAGGAAAUUGGACAAAGGAAUUGUUGGAAAUCCAAAUGCACAGCUUAAGAACUUCUUGAGACACUCAAGAGAACUCGCGUUUAAUGAUUCAAAGCCAAAUGUGUCCUCACAAAGAAGAUUUCUUGAGGAAACAAUGGAAUCUGCUGAAAGAUUGAUGAAUCAAAGAAAUGAACUCAUCGCUAAGAGAAAUGCCUUGCUUGAAAAAGCUCAGAAACAAUAA